GCUACCCCUCCCUCGGUGACUUGAUCAGACUCGGACGAUCACGAGACGAGACAUUCUCAACUCUGAGCGUCGCAACCAGAAAAGGGGGAAAAGGAGGUGUCUUCCUCGUUCUCAGACGCAAUCGGAACUCCUAUUUGGCAUUUUUUAGCUGCGGUGAGCAAUGAGACCUAUCGACGGUGCUUUGAUCGAGCUUUAUCGGGUUUUUGUUGUAUCUAAAAAGGAUGUUACUUCCCAAGAAGUAGAUGUUGUUCAAAGUUGCUGGCACAAGGCUAUUGCGCAAUGUUAUGGUGGAGCUCUUAUUGGGGGUGGUCUUAUGUGGGGAGUGGGAUGGAGGCAUUCAAAACGAAUGCGAAUAAUCCUUUCAGGAGCAGCUGCUAUCUGUACUGGACACUUGAGUAUGAAUAGAGCUAUAGAUUCAUCUGUUGAUAAAAUUCUUGCUCUUGAUGGAAGUUGGAUGCAGAAGGAGUUAACAACUAUAAUAGUGGAAAGGCAUUCGAAUGAUCCUUCAAUGAUGCAACUUAUCACCAGGACUUUUUAUACGGAGAAAGUGUUUGAUAAUUCAACCGCAGAUGACCCCAAAUUGAGAUGGCGCUAUCGGAAUUUUUCCAGUGAUGAUGUUGCAUUUCAUCAAAGUUCACAUGACAGCUAUUCUCAUGAUAGCUCCCACAGCAACGCCCAGAGAGAUUUUGAUAACACGUUCUCGUCUUGUCUCCCACAAUGACUCUGAUGGGAGAAAGAAUGAUUUGGAGCAUAAGCAAGUUUAUAUGAACACUGGCCCUAAUGUGAUGGAGGACCCUCUAGAUCGUGGUUUUGGAUCUAUAACAGGAAGGGAGGAGAUUUGCAACCCUGGUUCCUCGAUUACGCCGACCAGGCAUGACCAUAAAAGAUCUCAUCGUAGGCGCCGAAUGCACCAUCAUGAACUUCGUUCAGAGCAUCAUGCAUGAAAUACAGCCGGUUUGAAACUGUAAGUACAUGACGCAGAAAUGAGAAUAAGGCUCAGAUAAUGUUGCUCAUGAAAGCUGAGCAUCAGGUACUCUUUGUUCUGUGUGACGUUUUAACUGCGGACUGCAUAUGGUACCUUUUGCUUAUGCAUUGUUAAAGGCAACUCUAAUGACUAGAUAUGUAAAGACCUUUGUUACCUAAGGUGGUAUGGUAUAUGACAUGCAUCGGAAGAGAAGCCGUCAUUGCCUCUGAUUUAAAGAAAUUUCAUCGUUGCAUGUA